AUUUCUCAUUUGAAAACAAAAGAAACAAUGUUUAUUGGAUGAGAACUAAAAUUCAGAAACAAUGUCUGAAUUCAUCACACUUCCUGAUAUAAAAUGUCAAAUCCUCUUAAAAAUAUGCCAUUUAAUUUUAUUGCAUAAAAUAACGUAAAAUGUUAACAUACAUGGAUAGAAGGACUCGAUUGAUAAAUGUUUGAUCCUUAAGGGACUUGAUUGAAAACAUAUCUAGUUUAGCAUAAUUUAGAAUUGAUAGAUUGGGAAAAAUGAGGUUUGUCAAAAUUCAAACACCCCUGCUUCCCUCUAGUCAAAUGCACACUUGGUAGUCUACAAGCUUCCAGUUUUCAUGGAUGAAAUCCAAAUGGGUAAUCCACAAACUGAAUUCCCAUAUUCCCUCAUGGGCGACCUCCUUGACAUCUCCACUCAAAGCAAAAACCUAUCACACCCCAUCUUCAAAGACUUCAUCUUUUCUUCUCAACCAUGUAGAUAUAGGCCACCUCUUGUCCAUUUGUGGAAGAGAAGGUUACCUUCAUUUAGGUUCUUCUCUCCAUGCCUCUAUAAUCAAAACCCACGAAUUCUUUAAUCCCCUAGAACAAAAUGCCUUUGUCAUUUGGAAUUCUCUCCUUUUUAUGUACGCAAAAAAUGGGGUCUUAAUUGAUGCUGCUAAGUUGUUUGAUGAAAUGCCCAGGAGAGAUACUGUGUCUUGGAAUAUAAUGAUUUCUGGGUUUUUAAAAGAUGGGAGUUUUGAUGUAGGCUUUGGGUUCUUUAAACAGAUGCUAAGUUUGGGUUUUUAUAGGCUAGAUCAAGCAACUUUGACCACGAUUUUAUCAGCUUGCGAUAGGCCUGAGCUUGGUUUUGUUAACAAGAUGGUGCAUUGUUUGGCAGUUUUAAAUGGUUUUCAGAGGGAAAUAAGUGUAGGGAAUGCAUUGAUAACAUCUUAUUUUAAAUGUGGUUUUCCUAGUUCAGGAAUGCAGGUUUUUGAUGAGAUGCUUGAAAGGAAUGUUAUUACUUGGACUGCAAUAAUAUCAGGGCUAGUACAAAGUGAAUUAUACAGGGAUAGUUUGAGAUUGUUUGUGGACAUGACUAAUGGAUUGGUAGAACCGAAUUCUUUGACGUAUUUGAGUUCAUUGAUGGCGUGUUCAGGUCUGCAGGCAUUGAGAGAAGGGUGUCAAAUUCAUGGACGUUUAUGGAAAUUGGGUCUUCAAUCAGAUUUCUGUGUUGAAAGUGCGCUAAUGGACAUGUAUUCAAAAUGUGGAAGCAUGGGAGAUGCUUUGCAGAUUUUUGAGUCUGCAGGACAACUUGAUGAGGUUUCCAUGACUAUAAUUCUUGCGGGUUUUGCACAAAAUGGGUUGGAGGAAGAAGCUAUGCAAUUUUUUGUGAAAAUGUUAGAGGCAGGAACUGAGAUUGAUCCCAACAUGGUUUCAGCUGUCCUUGGGGUUUUUGGUGCAGAUACAUCCUUGGGUCUUGGCCAGCAAAUUCACUCAUUAGUUAUCAAACGGAGCUUUGGUUCUAAUCCCUUUGUUGGCAAUGGGCUUAUUAAUAUGUACUCAAAGUGUGGAGAUUUGGAGGAUUCGACCAAAGUCUUCAGUCGAAUGCCUUGCAUGAACUCAAUCUCUUGGAACUCUAUGAUAGCUGCUUUUGCUCGUCAUGGGGAUGGCUCUAGAGCACUGCAGUUAUAUAAAGAGAUGAGAUUGAAAGGUGUAGAGCCAACAGAUGUUACGUUUCUCUCAUUGCUUCAUGCUUGUAGCCAUGUAGGCUUAGUUGAAAAAGGCAUGGAGUUCUUAAAAUCCAUGACUGAAGUUCAUAAGCUUACUCCUAGAAUGGAGCACUAUGCUUGUGUUGUUGACAUGUUAGGCCGAGCAGGGCUUCUUAAUGAAGCUAAGACUUUUAUUGAGGGAUUACCUAUGAAGCCUGACGUGCUUGUUUGGCAGGCAUUGCUAGGAGCUUGUGGCAUUCAUGGAGAUCCUGAAAUGGGGAAAUAUGCAGCUGAGCAGUUAAUUUUAUCAGCACCUGAGAAGCCUUCUCCUUACGUUUUGUUGGCGAAUAUAUAUUCUUCUAAAGGAAGAUGGAAAGAAAGAGCAAAGACUAUUAAGAGAAUGAAAGAAAUGUGUGUUGCCAAAGAAACUGGAAUAAGUUGGAUUGAGAUUGAAAAUAACUUGCACAGCUUUGUUGUCGAAGAUAAAAUGCACCCACAAGCUGAGAUCAUAUAUGGAGUUUUGGCAGAGUUGUUUGGGCACAUGAUAGAUGAAGGUUAUGUGCCAGAUAAGAGAUACAUUCUCUCCUACGUGAAUCAAGAUGAAAAGGGCGUUACAAACCCCAAUAACUGUCACAACUUUCCCUCCAAAACAAUCCCACUUCGUUUAUUCCCUUCUCUUUCAACUUCUUCUAAGUUCAAACCUCAUUGCUUAGGGAGAGCUGAAGAGGAUUCCCCUCUCUCCACUUCUUCAGCUUACACAGUACUUGGCAUCAAGCCUGGUUGCUCUGCUGCCGCGAUCAAAGCAGCUUUCAGGGCUAAAGUGAAGCAAUUUCAUCCUGAUCUUAAUAAGGAUGGCAAGGUCUCUGAUUUAAUGAUUCGCCGCGUAAUUCAAGCGUAUGAGAUGUUAUCUAAUUUCAGCCGUCCAGAGAUCAUUGAAAGGGAAUGUUUGGAUCCAUUUGAAGAGCCAGAGUGUGAAGCAUUUGAUAUCUUUGUUAAUGAAGUUCUUUGUGUCGGCAAAGGGUGUCCAUAUUCAUGCGUGCAAAGAGCCCCUUAUGCCUUCACUUAUGCUUCUUCAACUGGAACUGCACGGGCGACAUCUCAAGGGCAUGGCGAAGACUACCAAGUUCAGCUUGCAGUUGGUCAAUGCCCCAGAAGCUGUAUUCAUUAUGUUACACCUUCACAGAGGAUUAUACUUGAGGAAUUACUUGACAGUAUCUUGGAGGUGCCUUAUGACUGUUCAGCUGAGGCAGACUUGCUUUAUUCACUUAUCGUUAAAGCUAGGUUCGAGAACAAUCGGUUCAGGAAGCCAAAGAAGCAACCAAAGACCUCAACCAAACAUGUAGAUUGGUUUUGACUUUGAAACUCUCAGUGAAGCAGUAUCAACAUCUAUACUUUCAGAUUUUGUGUGCUUCUUAGGACUCCAAAUGCAAUACUGAAUUUCAAAAAAGUUACCAAUUCUGCAAUCGGUUAAUAUGUGAGACUUUCUGAUAUCAAUAUAUUAUUGGAAAAAAAAAGCGAAGGAUCCAUGGGGGAUCUCUUCUUCAAACCCUGUGCCUCCAGUACCUGGCCCCAAUCCAUUUCUCAAACAACAGAAAUGCUUGCUAGACACAGGUUGUACAACCCUUCCACGCCCUGUUUGCUGCAGUUCAUUGCAUUGUACAUCUCCACUCCUUGAGCAAUGCAUCCCUCAAGUUCCCUGAUUAAUGUGUCCCCUACUUCCUUGAGUAGGGGAUUUGUAUGGCAUAUCUUCAGUUCAGGAAUGCUAAGUUUUAGGUAUCAGGCAGAGAAUAAAGUUUCAUAUUUUGUUCCUUUUGGGAUCCAGUGUCUUGUAUGAUAAUCACUCCUCCCUUUGACAUUUUUAAUUUGAACUGGCUAUAGUUUACUGUGGGCAUCUUAUAUAGACCACUGAACAACUGGAAGGAAAAGAGGAUUGAAUAAUAGUAGUGUGUUGAACU